AUGCUGGCGACCUUAGUGUCUUCCUCGACCGAAGGCAAGGCACAAAAAGUGGAGUCUGCGCCCUCCUCCUUCUCCUCGUCCUCCGCCUCCCCCGGUGGACUGGCCUCCCUCCUGACGGGUAAGGAUGUACGCGGCAAGCACUACGGACUUGCUGGCCCCGUCGGUGCAUUUCCCCUCAUGGUGGCUGCCGAGACACUGGCCGCGAGCUUUGGUGUUCAAAUGCAUCGUGGCUCGCAGCCUAUUGCAGUGAGAUCGUCACCAACAGUCAAGCCCACCAUGCCAUCCCAGUGUGGUUCGACAAGUGCAGUGGCUCCAAGGGACGCUAUAUCUGCACAAGGUUUGUAA